AUUCAUCUAUUCAUUUACGGAAGUGCAAUUCCUGAGAAUAAUCAUGGAAUGGAAAACACUUCCCAUUUAUUUUCUGCUGCUGCUUUCUGUUUUCUUGGUUCAGCAAGUUUCAUCUCAAGAUUUAUCAAGCUGUGCAGGGAGAUGUGGGGAAGGGUAUUCUAGAGAUGCCGUCUGCAACUGUGAUUAUAACUGUCAACACUACAUGGAGUGCUGCCCUGAUUUCAAGAGAGUCUGCACUGCGGAUCUUUCCUGUAAAGGCCGCUGCUUUGAGUCCUUUGAGAGAGGCAGGGAGUGUGACUGUGACGCCCAGUGUAAGAAGUAUGACAAAUGCUGCCCUGACUACGAGAGUUUCUGUGCAGAAGUGCAUAAAUCCACACCACCAACAUCUUCAAAGACUACACCUCAGCCUCCAGGAGCACGUCAGAACAUCAAAUCAACAACCAAACGUUCACCCAGAUUACCAGACAAGAAGAAGACUAAAACAGUUGUAGAAUCAGAAGAAAUAACAGAAGAACAUUCUGUUUCUGAAAAUCAAGAGUCCUCCUCUUCCUCCUCCUCUUCUUCCUCCUCUUCAACUACUCGGAAAGUCAAGUCUUCCAAAAAUUCAGCUGCUAAUAGAGAAUUACAGAAGAAAUCCACAGUAAAAGAUAACAAGAAGAAAAGAACUCCUAAAAAGAUACCUCCCCCAGAACCACCAGUUAUAGAUGAACCUGGAAGUGGUCUGGACAAUGAUGAUUUCAAGCCCACCCCAAUUCCGGAUGCUCCUACCACUGAACGCAACAAAGUUACCACAUCUCCCAAGAUUACAACAGCAAAACCAAAAAAUCCUAAACCCAGUCCUCCACCUAAUGCUGAUAAAUCUGAAGAGACAUCUUUGACAGCCAAGAAAGAGACAACAUCUGAAACUGAAGAGACUACUAUAACAAAUAAACAAACUUCAGCUAGUGCAAAAAAGGAAACUACUUCAGCUAAAGAGAUACACAAUACAGAGAAAACAUCUGCUAAAGAUUUAGCACCCACAUCUCAAGUGCCUGGAAAACCUACACCCCAGGCUGAAACUACAACCAAAGCCCCCGCUAUCACCACCCCCAAGGAGCCUACACCCACUCCCCCCAAGGACCCUGCACCCACCACCCCCAAGGAGCCUGCAUCCACCACCACCAAGGAGCCUGCACCCACCACCCCCAAGGAGCCUGCACCCACCACCCCCAAGAAGCCUGCACCCACCACCACCAAAAAGCCUGCACCCACCACCACCAAGGAGCCUGCACCCACCACCCCCAAGGAGCCUGCACCCACCACCACCAAGGAGCCUGCACCCACCACCCCCAAGGAGCCUGCACCCACCACCACCAAGGAGCCUGCACCCAACACCCCCAGGGAGCCUGCACCCACCACCACCAAGGAGCCUGCACCCACCACCCCCAAGGAGCCUGCACCCACCACCCCCAAGAAGCCUGCACCCACUAUCCCCAAGGAGCCUGCACCCACCACCACCAAGGAGCCUGCACCCACCACUCCCAAGGAGCCUGCACCCACCACCACCAAGGAGCCUGCACCCACCACCACCAAGGAGCCUGCACCCACCACUCCCAAGGAACCUGCACCCACCACCUCCAAGGAGCCUGCACCCACCACCCCCAAGGAACCUGCACCCACCCCCCCCAAGGAGCCUGCACCCACCACCCCCAAGGAGCCUGCACCCACCAGCCCCAAGGAGCCUGCACCCACUCCCCCCAAGGAGUCUGCACCCACCCCACCCAAGGAGCCUGCACCUACCAGCCCCAAGGAGCCUGCACCGACUACUCCCAAGAAACCAGCUCCAACUACUCCCAAGGAGCCUGCACCCACUACUCCCAAGGAACCAGCUCCCACCACUACCAAGGAACCAGCUCCCACCACUACCAGGGAGCCUGCUCCCAUGACCCCCAAGGAGCCCCCACCUGCCACUCCCAAGGACUCUGCUCCAACUACCCCCAAGAAGCCUGCUUCAACUGCUCCUGAGACACUUGCUCCGACCACCUCUAGUCCAAGUACAACUAUGGAGCCUCCCACUAUCCCUGAGAACCCUCCUGAAUCUACUCCUGAGUUCUCUGCAGAACCCACACCAGAGGAUCUUGAAAACAGUCCCAGGGAGCCUGCUGACCCUACGAGUAAGACUCCAGAAGUGAGCAAAUAUGAAAUGACUACAACAACUACAGACAAGACAACAGAAAAAGACACACAUACUACGCCUGAAGCUACAACGGCCGCUCCUAAGAUCACGACAGAAGAGACUGCAACCACAAGAGAAGAAACUACUGCAUCCAAAUCAACAAGCACAACCCCACAAGUGACAUCCCCCAUGACUCAAGACGCCACAUCACUCAGGGUGACCACUCCUAAAGCAACGACCCUGGCACCCAAAGUCACUACCGCAGCAAAGGAGACAACUGCCACAACCGAGACCACGAAAACACCUGAACAAACAGCUGAACCGAAAGAUGUGCCGGCUACUUCGAAAGCCACAACUCCCAAACCCACUUCUACCAGAAAACCAAGGCCAACAACUAGAACAAGAAAGCCAAAGACAACAACUUCUCCAGUGACUACUACAGCCAUGCCUGUGGUGAACCCCACCUCCCGAGCAGAAACCACACUCCAGACCAACACCAGCCCUAACCAGACUCCAAACUUGCUAAGAGUAGAAGAAAAUCCAAAGGGCGAAGAUGCGCCUGGUGCUGAAGGAGAAAAACCUCACCUGAUUCCCAGGCCGCCUGUGUUAAUUCCUAUAGUUAUUCCAGGCACUGAUCACAUAGUAAGAAGACCCAAUCAAGGCAUUAGCUUCGACCCUAUGCUUUCAGAUGAGACCAAUUUAUGCAAUGGCAAGCCAGUAGAUGGACUGACCACUUUGCGCAAUGGGACGCUAGUUGCGUUCCGAGGUCAUUAUUUCUGGAUGCUAAAUCCAUUCACUCCCCCAUCUCCAGCUCGCAGAAUUACUGAAGUUUGGGGUAUUCCUUCCCCCAUUGAUACUGUUUUUACUAGAUGCAACUGUGAAGGAAAAACUUUCUUCUUUAAGGAUUCUCAGUACUGGCGUUUCACCAAUGAUGUAAAAGAUGCAGGGUAUCCCAAGCAAAUUGUAAAAGGAUUUAAUGGACUAAAUGGAAAAAUAGUGGCAGCUCUUUCAAUAGCUAAAUAUAAGAACAGGCCUGAAUCUGUGUAUUUUUUCAAGAGAGGUGGCAGCAUUCAGCAGUAUACUUACAAACAGGAACCUGUCAGGAAGUGCCCUGGAAGAAGGCCUGCUAUAAAUUAUUCUGUGUAUGGAGACACAACACAUGUCAGGAGACGUCGCUUUGAACGAGCCAUAGGACCUUAUCAAACACACACUAUCACUAUCCAGUAUACACCAGUCAGAGUUGCUUAUCAAGACAAAGGUUUCCUUCAUAAUGAAGUGAAAGUGAGUACUCUAUGGAGAGGACUUCCAAAUGUAGUCACCUCAGCUAUAUCACUGCCUAGUAUCAGAAAACCUGAUGGCUAUGAUUACUAUGCCUUUUCUAAGGAUCAAUACUAUAACAUUGAUGUGCCUAGCAGAACAGCAAGAGCAAUUACUACUCGUUCUGGGCAGACGCUAUCGAAAGUCUGGUAUAAUUGUCCUUAAACUGAUGGGCAAAGAAGAGUCAACUAAUUAAAAUGAAGCAAAGAAUGAUAAACUUUGACACUGAAAUACAGUUUAUUAAUAAAGAUGUUGAGAUGA